CACAGGGUGACGGUAGACAAAUAAACGUGAAAGGAAGUAUAGCGGUUGAUUUAACCAAUAACUUUGGAAAUAACGAAUUCCAGUUUUUAAUAGUGAUGGCAGCUCAAAGAGGCAGACUGCGUUGGGAAGAUGAUCGGAAGAUACAAAAGAACUACACUUUCCUUUUAAGUGAGCUGGAUGGCAAGGAUCUCUCUGAUAUUAUGUACAGUCGAGGAAUUUUUGACCAGGACUGUCUUGAUGAAAUUAGACAUGCAACUCCUAACACACGGAAAGCUAGAACAGAGGUCUUCCUCGACAAACUGAUGUUUUCUGGGGUGAAUGGCUACAAUGUGUUCCUAGAAGCAUUGAAACGUAGUUAUCCACAUGUUAUUCCCAUAUUAGAAAAAACAGAUGUUUCCUCUGAAUGUCCUGGAAGUACCGACACAAGUCCAGCAUGGUAUAAUGAGAUAGCGGAAAAGAAAAAACAACAGAAGUUGAGUGAACAGGAGCUGGGUCGUCUAGUCCAGUGUCUCGGCUAUGGCUGGGAGCUACUGGCAAUCGAGCUCGGAAUCCCCCAGGCUCAGAUCGAGCAGGCCAAGAUGGCGAACAUGUCUCCACAUGUGCACAUGUUCAAUGUCUUCAACAAGUGGAAGCAGCGUCAGGGAGGAAACGCCAAGCUCAUUGUUUUCCUAAAUGCCUUGAAUUCCAUCAAGGACAAGUGUACCAUUGACUGGGAUCUAACGAAAAGGGUGGUGUUAGGUGAAACAUAAAAGUUAGAAUGCUGGUUUCAUUCCAGUUAUAAUAUGUACAUAUGUAUAUAUAUAUAUAUAUAUAUAUAUAUAUACUCUUCAAAAAAAGUAGGGGAACUCAAAUAAGAAUUUACAAUUGCCAAAAUUGUGAGGUAUAUUAGCUGUGGGGAAUGGUUAUAUGAUAAUAGUAAAUUAAUUACAACCGGCUGUUCAGUAUAACAGUGAAUUAAUUACAACCGGUAGUUUAGUAUUACAAUAGUUUUAUGACCACCAAAGAUCUUGAAGGACGAUUGGGGUCAGAAGUGAAAUUUGACUUUUUUUUAUCAGUAAAUUGCAAAUUCAAACAAUAAAAAUUA